UCGAGACUUGACGAUGUCUGCUUGGUGUUUCCGGUGCCCGCUCCCCUUCCAAUAAAGACGAGUCGAAAGCAUCUCGCCUGUCACACCAGCGCGCGGAAACAAGGCCGAAAUGCUCGGACGCUGUGAGGAUGGCGUUACGAAGCACAUUCGUCGCACGGCAGGAAAAAUCCCGGCGGUGCGAGAUUGGACGGCAGCAGGCCGUGACCAACGGGAGCGGGCUGGCGGGGUUAAAAUCCACCCGGGAAAGGAAAGCCCCAGGCCUCGCCUUCUCGCCGGCACCAGCCGAGAUUCUAGGAAGGCGUGGUGGUGGGUGAUGCUGCCCAAAACUCUCCGCCGAGCCCCACUAGACAGGUUUGUAGGGAAACGAUCAAGACGCUUUCCGUUUCCGCCGGCGACGACAUGGAUGGGUCGAAAAAAAGAAAACG